AUUUGUGCCAAUUGGCAACUUCCAAGACUGCGAAACGCAGCGUCAGCCAGUCUCGCCCGGCGGACUCAAUCGUCUCCUGCCAUUGCUCUCCCCUCAUGAUCACGCAGCAACAGCCUCGUUAAUCAUCGCCUCUCCGCCCGCCGCCAAUGCCCGUGCGCUCCCCGGCGCCAUGCCGGCGCGUCGCGUCCAGGCGGGCGACAGCCUCAAGUCCGGUCGGGAUCUGGGUCACCGAUUCUAUGCUCGCCCAGGCCAUUGAGCAAUACCAUCGAACCGUCCUGCCACCAUGCAGACGACCCCUCAACUCCCACGCGGGGCCUCUCGAGAGCCGUCGCCGCGCGGGCAAGCGACAUAUGACAGGCCUCAUGUCUACCUCGUCGGCCUUUCCACCCAUUUGGCAAUUCGACGUGCCCUCUUCGAGCAUACCUCAGUGGGAGGCGCCCACUGCUCCAUCGUACCGACGGCAGAAGAAUAAACAGCUCGGCGUGUCCGGGCUGUUCAACAACCUCAUGGGAUGGCUCGAGAACUCUGAUGCAGACAAGACCCCUGUCUCAUCAACCACGGACCCGGCGACCGCGGGCGUUGUGGCCAUGGAGGCUCUCGCCGUCAGCGCUGACGCGCCACUUGAUCAAGCACCCGAAGACAGAUCGCGAGAAGCGGCGCCACCGCAAGGCCUUCCUACAGAGAUCGCAGAGCUGAGAGCCCACAUCUGCGGACUUGCCGAAGCCACCGAGACCGCUUUGUAUCGACUUUGCACAACCUGUCGACGGUCGCUGCGACAAAGAAUUGGACGUGGCGAGCUCACUGUCGAUGGCUUGCUUCUCGCUCUGGACCCGCUCGAUUUGACGACGAGGAGUCGCAUCCCCUCCGUCACGACUGCGAACAAGAUGGCUGCCAUGCUUCGUCGCACAAUCUUGGCAGCCAUGUCGGAUGCUCGACAACGAAACGCGUUGUUGGUCGCCCCUGAGCUGUGGUCAACGCUGGCGCAACAGGUUUGCGGAACAAGCGCCGACAACCACGACGUCCAGCUUUUUUGGAGGUUGAUGAAUGUGAUGCCACCUUCCUUGCGAGCGCAAAUCCCCCAAACUCAACUCGCGGCGUUUACGUACGCAUUUGUGGCAGCUCAGGCCAAUCGCCAUAACCUGUUCCCACACUGGUCGGCCAGGGCGGCAAGGUUCAGCAACGCUAUACAGAAACUUGAUGGCAGUCAACGCCAAAGCUUGGAUGAAGCGAUGGAGCGAUACUUGCAGGAGCAAGACUGGGUAUCAGAGAUAUCCCGACGCAUGCGCUUCUCGUGGCUCAUUAUCAAAGCCUACGAUCCAACUGCCACCACUCGGCAAUUUAUUGCCUCCCAGAAGGCGGCGAUGGAGCCAAGUGUACGGUUGAACAGCAUGCAGCUCUGGCAGUUUCUAGCAGCCAGGCUCGUCGCCACUGGAACUUUGGACCGAGAGCGGGGCAAGGCAUUGAUGGAGACCGAAUAUAACGCCAUGAGCCAGCGCUGGACACAGCUGGUCAUGGCCGUUCUGACGUCGAAGAAUCGUGACAACGGCUUGCGGGAGGUCUGCGCGUGCUUGAACGGCAUUGGGGAGUUUGACACCGCUGCCCAAGCCCUGACAUCAGCGCCGAUUCGCCACCUACGCAUGGAUGCCAUACAAGCCAUCGCAAUGGCCUGCAACGACCACAACCAGGCAGUACAGCUGUACGAAGCCGUCGAGCUUAAGGAGGGCUCCCGGCACAAGGUCAGAGCAUGGAAGUGGUCCACGUGGUCCGCGUACGUCGAAGGCAUGAUCAAGGACCCCAUGAUGGAUCCCGCGCGCGUCUGGCAGGUCCUCAACCUGAAGAGGCACUCGGUCAGCGGCAGGGUUGCGCGGCCCGAAGUGGCCGCCGACGACGACGAGGUCAAGGCGAAGACGCAGCUGCUGGACCAGAUGGGCCGGUGGUUCAUGGAGGCGCCGCACCUCAACAACCGGCAAGUGCUGCGCCAGGUGCAGCGCUGCGUCGCCUCCCAGCGGGCGCUCACCAACGGCGUCUCGUCGCGGACGCUGGCCAACGUCGCCGAGGUCGUCACGCGCGACCUCGACAAGGGCGAGCGCGGCCGCACGUCUCGCAUCCGCUGGCUCGUCGGCAUGGUCGAGCAGACGCACGGCGCCGACGGGGCCCGGCGCGCGGCCAAGGCCCUGCAGGGCUGGCGGUGGACGAUUGACCGCUCGCGCGGGGGGGACGCUUGAGGCAUUGCCUGGCGGGGAUGGACGGUCUCGAGGGACGUGUUGCCCAUCUCUGCGGCCAUGUCUAGAUGGAUAAUAGAUAGAUACCCGAGGCAUGUAAGAUGCAGGCAGCACGAAGCAGUAGUGGUAUCACAAUGGAACAGUGUCACUUUAAAAUCACGCACGAAACGGUGAGAACACAGAUCUUUUCAUUCAUCGCACAUCCAUGUCUUGCUCGGAUUGUCAGAUUAAAAUCACCGACUAAGUUUGUCUACGUGCGUAAAAUCACCGCAACAUUUGUGCUUUUCUCUUUUCCCGUCUCUCCAGCC